AUCGCGCGACCAACGGAAACAAGUCAGAUCCACAAGUGUCUGCUAGGAAACGACUGCAUAAAUUAUCAGUUACGACCAUCGACCAGAGAAAAUGGAUUCAACGUUAUAUGAUUCGACACUUUCUGACUUGAAAGACAAAAUAAAAAGUUACCCUGACUUUCCAAAAGAAGGAAUUAUAUUUCGAGACAUAUUCUCCAUCUUGAGGGAUCCAGCAUGCUUGAAAAGUGUAAUUGAUCUUAUGGUGGCGAAGAUUGAAAAACUUAAGUGGAAUGAUGUUGAUGUAAUAGUGGGUCUCGAAUCAAGAGGUUUUAUCCUUGCACCUUUACUGGCCGUAAAACUCAAUGCUGGAUUUGUACCAAUACGGAAGAAGGGACGUUUGCCUGGUGUCUGUAAAGAAAUAGCUUAUACCUUGGAAUAUCGCAGUGAUGUACUGGAAAUACAAGAAGAUAGCAUCAGUCAAGGACAGCGAGUGUUGGUUAUUGAUGACUUGAUUGCAACUGGAGGAAGUCUAGGAGCAACCUGCAAGCUUCUCAAAGGCCUAGAUGCAAAAGUUGUUGGAUGUUUGGUUCUUCUCGAAUUGGACCAACUUGAAGGCUCAAAAAAUGUGGAUGCUCCUGUUGAAUCUCUCAUUACUUUUUGAUUAACAGUAAAUUCAGUUCAAUAGCAUUCCAUUGCAUCAGAUAUUGUUAUUUUUCAAAUUUGUAUUUCAUUGUUGAACUUGUUAUUACAUGACAAUGAGAUGGGAAAAACAAUUAUAAGCCACCACGCAAAGCUAACACCAAAUGCAAUACAGAUCCUCCUUGGACUUUAUAAUCAG